AUGACGCUGGUGUCAACGUCGCUGGGCGGGCGGCGCAGCGACGUCUUCUGGACGCGCAUAUUCCUAUUCGGCGCUUCCUGUGUGGCGGGACUCAUCAUCGCCCGCCGCCGGAAGCUGCACCGUUUUCACCUGCACAUCCUGAAUGCCAAGUCGGCGGACUGCGGCCGCCUUUUCGGGCUCGAUAUUGGCGGCACGUUGACGAAAAUGGUCUACUUCCAGUCGGCUGACGGUGCGGCCGCGGUGCAGCGACAGCAGAUGGAACGUCAGCUCAAUCGAUUGGAUCCACUGACCCCACGCGAGCGGCGGCGCGUGGAGGGCAGCCUGCCUCUCAUCGAUGACUUCAUCAUGAGUCUCCACGCCACGGACGAGGCUCAGCGCGAGGAGCGACUGCAGCUGUUUGUACCUGAGCUAGGUGGAACCAUCCACUUUAUUAAGUGCGUGCUUGAGUGGGUAGAUAUUUCGAGAUUCAUUUAA